AUAAAAAAAAAAAAAACAAAGAAAAAGAGAGACUUUCAAUCACUAGAGUCUAGAAAUUUUUUCAAAAAAAAAAAAAAAAAAAAAUCUAGAAAUGGAUCUAGCUACAAUUUUCGUAUCUCCUAUACUCCAAGAUCUAAUCCCCAAGCUGUUAACUUAUUGUUCUGAUGAGUUCAAUCUUGUUUGGGGUUGGGGUGUCAAAGAUGAUCUGAGAAAGCUUGCUCAGACAUUAAAAAAAAUUGAAGCUGUGUUGCAUGAUGCUGAGAAGCGGCAGGGAGGAAAUGAUAAGCUAGUGAAAAUUUGGUUGGGAGAGCUCCAGGAUGUGGCCUAUGAUGCUGUGGACAUUUUUGACGAACUUCAUAUUAAAGAUCUUGAACAGAAAAAGAAAACUGUAAGUAAGGUCUUCCCCUGUUUGCCCUUAAAACCAUUUGGGUUUGAUUAUAAGAUAGCUCUUAAAGUCAAAGAUGUCAAUGAAAAGUUGGAUCGCAUCACCAAAGAUAUGGAGAGAUUCAAUUUUACCAGUCAGUUCGGGAGUAGUAGUACUUCUGGUUCUAAUAUUACUGUUAUGAAUGAAAUUCGAGAAGAAACAUCUUCACAUAUUAGUGAUUCAUCUGCUGUUGUGGGAAGGAUAGAUGAAAAAUUGGAAAUUAUAAAACUAUUGAACCAAGAUGAUUAUUCUGUUGUUCGCAUUACUGGUAUGGGAGGGAUGGGAAAGACUACACUUGCUCAGUUCGUAUAUGCUAAUACUUCUGAUGAUACUUUCGUGGUCAAAAAGUGGGUAUCUAUGUACGGGAAAACAAAACCAGAGGAGAUAUUUUUGGACCUCUUGGAGCCCAAACCUGACCGCCGAUCAAGCUUGGAUGAAAUUAAAGCUAGCCUGAAGCAAAAACUCAUGGUGGGGAAAUCCCUGAUAGUACUGGAUGAUGUGUGGACAAAUCAUGGGAUCGACAUAAAAAAGUUGCUGAAAGAUAUCUUGUCUAUGAGUAGUCUAAGAAUUAAAAUUCUUAUGACUAUGCGAAGUACUGAACCUAUUCCUCCGCUAACGGGUUGUCGAUACAAGACCUACCCGUUACAAGGUUUAGUUGAAGAUGAUUGUUGGUCUAUCAUUAAGAAAACCGCAUUUGCACAUGGAGGUGCAGAGGAGACUGAAGAUCUAAUCAACAUAGGGAGGCAAAUUUCGAUCAAGUGUGGAGGUCUUCCGCUAGCAGCAAAGACUCUUGGAGGUUUGCUCUACUCUAAGAAGAACGUAGAAGAUUGGUUAUUUAUCUUGAACAGCAAAAUCUGGAAUCUCCCUCCAACAGAUGAUAAGAUCAUGUCUAUACUGAAGUUGAGUUAUGAUCACUUAUCACCGGAUGUGAAACGAUGCUUUUCAUAUUGUUCGAUUUUUCCAAAGGGUCAUGUGUUUUCGAAGAAUGAAGUUAUCAGAAUGUGGAUGGCAGAGGGAUUCCUUAUUAGUCCCUGGCAAGCAAAUGAGUCUCCGGAAAUUGUAGGUAACGGAUAUUUCAAGAUUUUGUUGCUCAACUCUUUUUUCCAGGAUGAGCGCAGAAACAUUUGGGGGGACAUCAAGUCAUUCAGAAUGCACGAUCUUGUCCACGAUCUUUCAGUAUCAAUUACAGGGUGUGAGUCUCUUAAUAUAACAAUAGAUGAUAUUCCAAAGAUUGAUCAAUCUUUUACGUUUCGUCGCUUAGGGUUACAAGUCCUUCAUUCUGGUGUCUCAACAGCAAUUCCGUCAGAGAUUUAUAAAGCCUUCAAAAAACUACACACUUUUGUUUAUUCUGGACUCCAUGAUGGUGAAGAUGUCUGGGCAAGGCGCGUCUGCACCUUCGGUUUCAUAAGGGUUUUAAAAUUAAGUCACACGGGAAUUGAAGAGUUGCCUAAAUCAAUUUGCAAAUUAAAGCAUCUUCGGUAUCUUGAUGUCAAAAGAUGUAAUAGAUUGAAAGAGCUUCCCCAAGACAUCAGAAAGCUGAUCGGGUUGGAAUAUCUCAUAUUCAGAAAUAAGUAUACGUUGAGUGCUAAAAUGCCAAGAAAGGUAAGCAGAUUGAGUGCACUUAAAAAGUUAUCUGUAUUUAUCGUGGGAGAAGAAGGCAAAGGUUCUGGUAUAGAAGAAUUGAAAGAUCUAAAUCUUCUUGGAGGUAAACUCAGUAUCGAAGAUUUGGGAAACGUAACAGAUGGCACGCAAGCAAAUUUAAUGGGGAAGAAAAAUAUUAGACACCUAGAACUGAGUUGGGAUUCACGGGGUUGUAAUGAUCCUGAUAGAAUUAUCAAAGAUGUUGAGGUGAUUAAUGACCUCCAACCUCACCUAAAUCUGAAAAAGUUGGGAGUUUCACAUUUUGGUGGUUCAGAGAUCCCUACAUGGUUGAGGAGUGCUUCCGUACAUCUUCCAAAGUUGGUAUCUAUCACUCUGUAUCGGUGUAAUGAGUGUGAACACUUUCCUGCACUUGGAGGACUACAGCAUCUUAAAUAUCUUUUUAUGGAUGGAUUUGGAGGUGUCAAAAGAAUCGGUAAUGAGUUCUGUCCAAGUAAUGAAGAAGCAGUAUCAUUCCCUUCUUUGGUACUACUUUAUAUUUAUCAUUACACAAAUUCGGUGAACUCUGAUCGGAGUAGUCGAGCAUCUACUUUCUCUUGGUCUGAAGAUUUGGAGAAUCAAAAUGGUUCAACGCUGUCAACCACGCCAACAGAGUUUCCAUUUCUUAGAAAGUUAUAUUUUCAUAUUGAGCGGCAAGUGGAUGCCAACCUCAAGUCUCUAUCUCCAAAACUGCUUUGGGGGGUUCUCCAGACUUUACUGGUCGCUGGGUGUAAUGAGUUCGUGGGCUUUGAGCAGCAACAUCGUCAUCAACUAGAUCAUCUUUCUUACAGCCAUCUUCGUAGGCUAGAAGUUUUUAAAUGCCCUUCUUUAACGGUAUUGCCUGCAGACUUCAGCGGAUUAAAUUCUCUGACCUAUUUAGCUAUUGAAGAGUGCAGUAGUCUUCACUCAUUGCCAGAUGGAAUACAGUACCUCCCGGCACUUGAGACACUCAUAAUCGGUGGCUUUUCAGAAGACUUAACAUCUUUUCCAUUUCCAGCGGCAAGCGGAUCUGAUGGUGAAAAAUACUUCGUUUCCCUCCGUGUAUUAAAGAUAUGCGGGUGGCCUACUCUAAGUGCCGAGUUGCCGGACCAACUUCAACUCCUCACUUGUUUACAGUGUUUCACUAUAAGAGGUUUUCCUUGUCUAUCGAGUUUGCCUGAGUGGUUUCGAGAAUUAUCUUCCCUCCAGAAUUUGUACUUUCUAAAUUGCAGCAGGCUGCAGUAUCUUCCUUCUGACGAACAGAUGCAACGCCUAACGUCCCUGAAAACCAUAUACAUUUGGAAUUGUCCACUGUUGCUUGAAAGAUGUUCUGGCAAUGAAGAAGGGCAUAAGAUUGCACGCCGCAAACAAGUUAUUGGAUCAUCUCCCUCACUGCUUGACCACAUUCCACGGGAUGCAGACAUGAACCUAGAGCUUCUUGCACGUAGGACGUCUGGGAUAUUCUCAAAUCAAAACAAAGAGAAACGCUGGAUUGAUAGUUGUGGUCGCAAGUGCUUCAUGUUUUUUCCAACGAGUUUCUAUAUCGCAUGGGGGGACGACACACGUUACUGGACAUGGCUUUCAAUAACAGAGCCAUCAGCAGCAAGUAACAAUGCAGAGAUUGAAGUGUCCGAGCUUAUAAACGUAUGUUGGUUUGGCGUGCAUGGGAAACUCGACAUGUCAAAACUCACUCCUGGAGUAAAUUAUGAGGUUGUAUUUAUAGUUAUGCUUCGUGAACGAAGUUCCGGAUGGGACGCACCUGUGAACCUUUGCCUAGUACUCCCAGAUGCACAAAGACUAGUUAAGGAAGUGGUCUUAGAAACCAUGCCUAAAUCACAGUGGAUCGAGAUUCACGUUGGAGAUUUCAAAACACCAGAACAGCCUGGUGAUCAAGAAAAACAAGUCGAUUUUCGUCUGUCUGGACAGGAUACGGUGACCUGGAAAAGCGGACUUUUCAUCGAAGGAGCCAUUGUUAGACCUAAAAGGCAUAAGUUUGCACACCUCAAACAAGUUAAUGGUCAUGUGCACGAUCUUGCAGUAUCAACUGCUGGAAGUGAGUCUCGGAUGCUGAAGAUACCAACAGGUGUUGUUCCAGAAGUAUCAACUGCUGGAAGUGAGUCUCGGAUGCUGAAGAUACCAACAGGUGUUGUUCCAGAAGACAUGAACCUAGAGCUUCUUGCACGUAUGACGUCUGGGAUAUUCUCAAACCAAAACAAAGAGAAACGCUGGAUUGAUAGUCGUGGUCGCAAGUGCUUCAUGUUUUUUCCAAGGAGUUUCUAUAUCGCAUGGGGGGACGACACACGCUACUGGACAUGGCUUUCAGUAACAGAGCCAUCAGCAGCAAGUAACAAUGCAGAGAUUGAAGUGCCCGAGCUUAUAAAAGUAUGUUGGCUUGACGUGCAUGGGACACUGGACAUGUCAAAACUCACUCCUGGAGUAAAUUAUGAGGUUGUAUUUAUAGUUAUGCUUCGUGAACGAAGUUACGGAUGGGGCAAACCCGUGAACCUUUGCCUAGUACUCCCAGAUGGACAAAGACUAGACCAGACACUGGUCUUAGAAACUAUGCCUAAAUCAACGUGGAUCGAGAUUCACGUUGGAGAUUUCCAAACACCAGAACAACAGCCUGGUGAUCAAGAAAAACAAGUCAAAUUUAAUCUGUCUGAACAGGAAACGUUGUUCUGGAAAAGCGGACUUGUUAUCGAAGGAGCCAUCGUUCGACCUAAAAAAAGUAGCUCUUAAGGGUGUGUUUUUCUUUUCUUCGUUUCUUUCUUCUUUUUAUUUGGGGUGGCCGACCAAAUCCCAUCUUGGUUUUCUGUUUUUCUUAUCGUUGGAUUGAGAACCUCAAGUUACUGCAGUAACUUUAUUAUAGCAGUAGUCUUUCUUUGUAUUGGUUUCAGUAAUAUUUUUCUCUAUCUCCGGUCUGCAAUUAUGAUCUUGUGCAAUCCAAACGACACGAGGUGAAACAUGGGAGAUCCACUGACAGGGAAAGGAAAGGCACAACACAACACAAGGUAAAACACAGAAGAUACAUCUGACAGGGGAAAUGCCCUUCUUGAUGUCUCAACUGGAUAAAGUCUGAAACUGCACCUUCACUUGCUGUUUGUGUCUGCAAAUAUUUUCCGUGCGGAAAUACAAUCUGUAUUGAACCCAACCAUGUAAUGGCAACUAUAGUUGAGAUGCACAUAUCUUUGCGCGCAGCA